ACUUGACGUUUAGAUCCAACAAUUUGUGCUGCCAUCUAGUGACAUAAAUUUUUGUAUUUUAUUUUUUUUAAAUACUUCCUUAUUAGGUACCUAAUGUAAUAAGUCUAUUAUUUAUUUUUUCAUAAAAGCGACUUGGUUUCUUGGUUUCACAGGGUUAACGAUGAUUUUAAUGAUUUAAUUUUUUUCUUGUAUUAUUCAGUAUUAUUGUCUUCUCUUUUUUUACGUGUAAAGGCUACUAGCGUGACAUCGACGAGAUUGUGUAAACGCAAAUAGGAGCCCAUAGGAGAUAAAUAAAUUAAAAAAUAUUAUCUUUUACUCUUUGUAUGUUUUAGGUUUUAAUUUCAUAGGUACUCGCUCAGUGUUUUACUGGUUUUACUUAAGUCUGUAAAUUGUGAUGCAAUAGUUAUUGUCACAAGUUAUUGCUACUAAAAUAUAUAAUAAAGCUACUAAAUUAUAAGCAUAAAAUAUGUCGCACAAAAAUCUUAUUGAUUUCGUAGUAAAGUAUCAUAGUCCUCGUCUGAUAAAUAACCUCGUUUGUUUCCCUAGUAAUGGGAAUUCAUACUUUGGAAGGCGAUUGCUAAAACGAAUGCCUCCUGCACCCUUGUCUUCUUCGACACCAAUAAUCCAAUCGCCAAGAAACUUCGGAACAACUUCAAGUAAAUUCAAUGAAGUGCCACCAACACACCUAGAGAAGUUAGAAGGAAAAUUCCAGUUAAUGUUUACUUGUAAAAAGUGUGAUACAAGGAAUUCUAAAUUUAUUACAAAAUUAGCUUAUUACAAAGGUGUAGUAAUUGUAAUUUGUGAUGGAUGUGAUAACAAACAUCUGAUCGCUGACAACCUCAACUGGUUCAGUGAUAUGAAUGGAAAGAAAAACAUUGAGGACAUCAUGGCAGAAAAGGGUGAAUCUGUUCAAAAAAUUAUGUCUCAAGAUCUGGAAUUUAUAGCAUAUGAAAUGGCUAAAAAUACUAAUGAAGAGAUGGAGAGCAGUAAUUUAUUAAAAGACUAAUGGCUUUAUAUAUCUAUAACUGUAAUGGUUUUAGUUUGAACAAUUUAUUAUAUUAUAUUACAUCAUCCAUACAAUAGUGUACUAUUGUAUUGAUGAUUAUUAACAGCAUGUAUUAUUAUUUAUGAUAAAACAUAGCAUUUUUGGCAUACGUUAAUUAAUUAUAUAUUGUAAAAUCACUUGUUAUGCAUAUUAUGUUAGUCUAAUUUUUGUGAUAUUGUAGAAUAAAAAGUUAUUAUAUUAAACUUUUUUAUCUAUAUGCAAGAC